UUUUCAGAAGAGCGAACAUUGAAGUGUAACGUUGACGAUUGCGAAUUAGCAGUACGAAAUGAUUCAUUCACUAAAGCUGACUGCACCCUGAACGCAGAGGCUCGUCACCUAUGUGAUAUCAAAUGUGAAGGAGCUGACCGGGACUCCGUCAUUUCCAAAAGCCCUACAACGAAUCGGAAAUGCAUAAGGUUCUACACCUACAACACUGAGCAGUCCUCAAAAGGAUGGCAGAUAUGGCGACAAGGGCUUUGUGCUCAGGAGAGUAUCGUCUUACAAGUGCACUGCGGUUUUCCUGAGAAUGAUUAA